CGCGAGUCUGCAGCGAUGCACGCGCGAGCUUUCGUUAAAUCCAGCGAGCUCGACACACACAGGACCGACGAAUUCGGAUGAACCACAACUUUUACUGCAUUUCCCUCAUGUCAUAACGUCAAAAGAUGUUGACGUUCGAGGCGCUUCUGGUGAAAGAGCUGCAGAAACAGCAGAGCAGGGCUGAGUUCUGUGACAUUGUGCUGCAGUCUGGAGGUGUAUCUGUGCCGGUGCACAGCUGUGUUUUGUCAGCCUUCAGCCCUUUUCUCUGUGGUGCUCUAUCAGCAAUGCCAUCACCCCAAAACGGACAGAAGCGUCUACUCGAAGUCCAGUCCAUGGAGUCCUGCACAUUACUCAGUCUGGUCAGUCUGUUAUACACCGGUCAGCUCCAUGAAGACAAAGAGGAUGUCCUAUCAGCGGCCUACAAACUAGGCAUCAGCAUACCUCAGAGAUCGCCAAUGAGGACGUCAUCUGAGCAAAACACACAGACCGAGUGCACCACGGUGGAGAAAGAGUGCCAGACUGAAACGCUCUCUUCUGAAAACCCCAUUGAAACUCUGGGAGCGUCUUUGUGGAGGAGCGAUCAGGGGCUCUGCACAUACACCGGCGGCUCUGACCUCACGCUGGAUGUAGCACUUCAAAACAUCCCGGGUAAUCCAGAGAGCAUGCCUUCCCUUCCAGUCAUGGAUGUGGUGCCUGAAAGCGCUAUGUAUGCCACUGUGAGUGGACCUGCCUGCUUGCCCCAGGUCUACGUUUGCCCCCCUGCAGCUACAUCACAGCCACCUGCACCUCAACCAUCUUUACCUUCUAAUAUUUCAUACAUUGAUGCGUUGGUUAGUCAGGAGGAGUCUGCGGUGGGCGAGGAUUGCGUUUUAGAUGCAUUUGCGCAGUUUGAGAAUAACAUUCCAGGAUUCAUCAACUACUUCAUUGACGCUAAUAUUUCAGAGCAGAGUCAGAGGGGAGAAGUCAAAAGCAAGGGGAGGGGAAGAAGGGCACGAGGGGUCAGCGGAGGAUUCAGUGUUAAGGGAGAGAAACCGAGUAUUUCCAGAAGACAGCAGAAUGUGGGAAGGUCUGGAAGGGUGGCGAGGAUGGGGCAGGGUGGAGGCAGGGUUGGGAGGGUUUUCGGGAGCAGGCAGAUGUUGAAGAAUCGAGGCAGGCCACGACAAAGCACAGGAGCGAUGAAAGAGGAAGGAGGGAGAGGCAGGUCUUCAUCCAGGGCCAGACAGAGAGAGACAGGGAGCAGAGCGCUAGAGGGUCAGGUAGGUGUCAAACAAUAA